AUGGAGGUCAGAUACAGCCCAACACCUAACGCUAUAAAACCUAGCAAUUACAAAUGCAGAAGGAAAACGGUAGUUUACUAUUUUCUAUAUAAUUCAUCAAAAGAGCUGAUUGUUUUCUCGACGGCACUUCAGGUGGAUUGGGGCUAUGCUGAGAAGAGCAAGAAAAGGCCAAUUGAAGACACAGGGAAGGCCACUUCUAAUACUAGACCAUUAUCGGCUGUAAACAAGCCAUGUUCCGCUGCCUCUUUUAGAAAAGGCAAUAUUUCUUUCAGGGGCCAUACUAUUGCAAAGGAUAUAAAAGCAAGUAAGCCAGCAUACUUGGAGCUUUCUUAUCCUGUCCAUGAAAAUUUGCUGCCAAUGGGUGUUGAGAUUUCAAAUAGAAAAACUGCAGUUGAUUGUAUUUUGCAUCAGCUUUUUCAACAUGGUGAUUCAACUCAGAAGUACAUGCAGGGAUCCAAAAGCAUGAAAAUUUACAAUUUCAUCCUUCUUGAUAAUUUUGUACCUAAAAGUGGUAGCUCUAGAACACGAAUUCAGGCUUUACAGAGCCGCUCAAAGCGAUCUAAAAAGCACAUGUCUCUAAAGCAACUUAAAAAAUGUGGAUCCUUUAAUUUACCUCACGAAUCCUGCAGCUUCGAAACAUUAAAGCCUCUGCACAACAGAUUGAAAUUGUAUAUCCAGCAACGAGUGAAAAAUGUAGGGGAAAAUCAGUUAGCUCAGUGCCUCCUCAAUGUCAACCUACUUGGUGCGGUUAUUCAAGUUGUUCAAAGUAAAAUAGUUUCCUGCAGCGGAAUGUGUGGCAUCAUUGUACGGGAAACUAAAGAAACAUUUGGAAUUAUUACUGAAGAUAACAAAUUCCGAGUUUUGCCCAAAAAGCUUUCCAUUUUUAAAUUCAAAGCUAAUUGCUGGGAGAUAACACUGCAUGGAGAUAAACUACAGCUAGAAACUUGGGUCCUAUGAUCAUAUAUAGGUUUUCCACUGGCAACAUGCCUGCCUUUGAUGGCGAAAGAUGAUGACGAGGUAGUCAUUUGUUUACAAGAACUCCCCGAGAAGAACUAUCUUCUUCAUUUAAGGUGAUUUUGCGUUUCGCAAUUUGAUUUGGAAGGCCUUAAAACUAAAGUCUAAAGGUCGUUUUCUCCAUUGUGUGGAAACCUGAUUUAGGGUUUGGCUAAUGGUUGAAGAACUACGAUGGAAUUAUGGUCAUUUUGAGGACUUUUUCAGCCAUUUUGGUUUUGUAGUUUUACCAAGUACUGAAAGUUUAAAAUUUAGGUAUUAUUG